UGUUUGAGUCUUGCCCAUGUAGAAUUCGGGUUAGAUGUCAAAGUUCGAGCAUAAUAAUGUUACAUUUACAUAAAAUUCAGGAAUUGUUCGACCAGCUGCACGAGCAGCAGCAGGACCUUCAAGAGCUGCUCCUGGAGGAGUGUCCUGCCAGUCCAGAACAGCGACUAGUCCAACUGGAGUCGAGCACAUCACGCAUGCAUCAAUACCACAGAAAGCGCGAGGACAUGCUGUUGAGCUUAGAGGAGGAGAUAUCCAAAUAUGAGUCCGCCACGCCGCUGGUGGAUCGCAUUGCCCAAAUGCACAGCCAGGUGAGCGCGGUGAACGAGGCGCUGGACAAGAUGUACGAAAUCAACGUCUGCUCCAUCUGCGACCUGAAAUGUGGGCCACAUGGCAGGCAUUCCCUGGUGUCCCUGCGCUGUGGCCACCUCUUCGGAUGCAACUGCAUCAACAAUGCGCUGCGGGAGUCAUCUCGAUGCCCCACCUGCUCGCGGGCAGCCCUUCAACACCAUGUCCGCAGGAUCUACGGCUUGCACUUUUAUCCUUUUUAGCUGCGUUGCAUUUUCCACCUCCAGUUACUGCCAAUUUAGAUAUAUUUUAUAAU